AUGAGUGCGGUUCUUAGUCCUGUGCGAGACGUGGCGGAAGGGCAGUGGUUCCGGCCGGAGAAGAUCGUCGUCGAUGCGGGCAUUCCGAGGGAACCGCUCCUCCCGCUGCUGAAGCACUACUGGGCAAAGGGGGCGAGACAUGUGCUGAUGAGCACCAGUGGCCCGCUGCGCUGGCCGUUGUGCGAGAGCCAGGAGAUCCAGAAGUGCGUGGUGUGGGAUCCUCGAGGACCCCCAGGUGCAGUUCGUGUCCUCACUGAUGAGGAAGUCUGGCGGUGUCAGGGCCGCCAAUGGGACUUGUGGGAUCAGCUUCGGCGCGAGGGCCACACCGGGCAGUGCCUACUGAAGGAGGGCAGCAAAGCAACGGGCGGCCAAACCGCCGCCGCUCUCGUGCUGAUGGCGGGCUACUCUGUGGGCGCCGAAGUACGUGCCGGGGGAGUCCUCGACAACCUGGACGACGCGAACCUCGCCAAGGUCUAUUUCCCCGUGCAGCUGCAGGUGGUCAAGACCGUCGUGCAGGCGGCCAUGGACACCGAGGCGGGGACAGCGGCCUGGCGCAGUGCGCAGCACCGUGUGGCGCUGGGGCGACGCAUUGUGGCUGCCCGAGUAGCGCCUCGCAAAGGCGUUCGCCGCGGCAAGGCAGAAGCUGCACAAGCCGAGGCCCAGGUGCAGCUGGACCAGGGUCCCGUCCGACCUUUCACCGGCGAGGUGGGCACCUACGUCGACGAAUGGGUGGAGGAUAACCUUUGUGGCUAUCUCGCCGACAGCACCAUGAAGCAGUACGCAGGCAUCUACUACAAGUGGAAAGUUUGGAGCGCGAGGCAAGGAUGGCCUACAGAGUUCCUCGACAAGUCCGUCCCGGUCGAGGCCAACGAGAACAAGUUGCUGGGCUUCCUGGGUUACCUGGGGUGGUUGGGGUGCUCUGUAGCGACACUACGGCAGGCUGUCUUUGCAAUCAAGGAUGGGCACAAACGAGGUGGCCAAGGGGACCCCACGGAGAAGAUGCACCGUCUGUGGAUGCUGUUGGGAGCUUUGGAGAAAAGAUCCCCCAAGAAGCCAAGGCGAUUGGGUGUCACGCCGGGCAUGCUCCAGUGGGUCGCGGAAGUGAUGGGCCCGCAUCUGGCGACCACGGCUGAGGAACGCUUCGACUCCACGAUGGUGAUUGCGGCCCUCAGUACCGCGUGGUUCUUCAUGCUGCGGGCAAAGGAAUACUGUGACUCCAAUGGGGUGGAUCUCGCGAUGAUCAUGAGAGGGGUUGAUUUUAAGAUUGAAAUGGAUCCCAGCGGCGACUACUACGUCACCCUCCAGUUCAGGAAGACGAAGACGGACCAGGAGGCCUUUGGCACUUGCAAGACGAUGUACGCGUCCGGGGUCAAGGACCUCUGCGUCGUGAACGCCCUGAGGGCCUUCAAGGAGAUCGCCCCUCAAAGGUUCGGUCAAGGAGCAGAGGCGUUGAGGCCCCUGUUCAGGUGGGCAAAUGGGCAGAUGCUGAAGCGAACUCAGGUCCAGUACCUCUUGCAACGAGCAGCAGCUGGAGUUGGCCUCCCCCCGGAGAGAUUCAUGUCGCACUCACUCCGCAUCGGGGGAGCCUCGGCACUCUUCCAGGCCACCGGCGAGAUCGAGGUGGUGAAGCGGACGGGAAGGUGGUCUUCGUCGGCGGUGCAGCGCUACUUGCACGACGGCGAGACCGCCUUAAAGCAGGCCGCGAGCAAGAUGGCAUCCGUGGAACAGCGAGUUCAUUACACAUGA